AUGUCGAACUAUCCUCCUGCUCCAGGUUUUUCUCCAGCAAGGGCUCCAAUGGCGUCGGCUGGAGAUCAGAACACUCAUUGGCGAAACAGCAUGACGCCUCAACCCGCUGCAAAUCCCUACGGAGGCUAUGUUCCGCAUCAAAAUCAACAUCAUCACAACUAUUCCCAGCAACCGUAUGGUCAUACCGAGUACGGAAAGCCUGCAGCAGAAGAUCCAGGGCAGAACCCACCAGUCAAGCAGCAGCCGGCUUUUGGCAUGACGUCAACGGCCGACCAAGAAAACAUGGAGCCGAUGCCUCCUCUUCGAGGAAAGCCAUCCGCCACGACAUCUCACGCAGCCUCCUUUGCCAAUGUUCUCAAGAGUCCCACCACUCUUUGCUUUGAGCGAAUGUUGGGAGCAGCUGCUUCGAUCGCCACACCCAAGCCAGAUGUGCAGAAAUCGACGAGGAACAACAAGCGAGACAAUCUGCAUUAUCAGCCACAGCUGAACUUUCUCGAUGAAGACCUCGACGAUCCUCUUGCUAUCGAAGAAGAGGCAGAGCAGUUCGAGGAGGGCGAAAUCGAGGAAGACGAGAAUCCCUUUGAUACGAUCAAGAGGGACAACGUUUUGUUCAAGAAGCUAGUCCUCACCAUGGCCUUGCAACGUCAGCCAAAGGAAACCAAGGAAGGAGAUCCAAUCGAAGUCCCAAGUCCCAUCAUCACAGAAGGAUUCUACUGGAAGGACUAUCCUCCUUGUGAGCAGGUCUUGUAUGACUCUAUGGAGAACUACUAUGAGCUCUCCAAACAAAGCCGUCAAAGCAAGGAGCAGCAGGCCUUCAACAAUGAGCUCGUAAGGAACAUUCGCCAGACGGCCCAAAGCAACGGAUACACUUUUGACGGUGCUUACUUCACCGACAAGCGCCUACGUGAUCGCAUUCGUUGCUUCUUCAAAACCCACCUCCAAAACGCAAAGAAGAGGUUGAACACCAUGCAGAAACAUCCCGAGUCAGUGGAGAAUCAAAACGCCCUACAAGUACUCAUUGCCAUUGCUCGCACCAAGAUGCGUCCUGGGGAGUAUGAAGCCGCCGCCCCAGCUCCUGUGGCUCGCCCUGGCCACGAGCGAAAGAGGCGACGCCGAACGCAUUAG